UCACCUUUCACCUCUGACCUUUUCACAAUGUCAGUUUGAGGACCAGUCACAGCAUGACCAACCUGCACGACCAAUCAGGAGGCGGAGGUCAAGGAGGCAUCCUCCCCCCAGCCCCACCUCUCCCCUCUGCAGCCAAUCAGAUGCAUCCAACCACAUCCUAUGCAAACAAGCAAUCCGAGAAGCAGCAGAAACCAAGAUCAGAGGAUUAUGGGUCGAGACCAAAUCUCUUCCCCCGGGGCACCAACCCUUUCGCUACGGUGAAAUUGAAGCCCACGGUGACCAACGACAGAUCUGCUCCCAGGGUGCCCUGAUCCUCACUCUCGGACGGAACGGAUCACAUGACAUCUGACUCCCUCCCAUCCACAUUUCACCGUCAACAUACAAAUAUGACAGGGAUGUGUGUGUGUGUGUGUGUGUGUGUGUGUGUUUGUGUGUG